AUGCUGAGAAGCGUCCUUUACGGUAGAACGUCUGUAACUAAAUCCUUCAGUUGUUUUCUCCGAAAAAAAACUCAGGUUAGUUGUGUCUGUUUUAGCCAGUUUGUAGCCUUUUUCUUUUUAAUUUAAUAGCUCACUCUAAGUGACUUUCUUAAUUAGAAAUACCGCAUGUCUAGAUAUAUGUUUCCACGAGUUAAAGGAGCUGUGUCACGAAAUUCAGCCAAAUUAGGAAAUUACAAGAGAAUUGCCGUUAAUUAAGAGAAACAUAAAAAUAACUACUUAAAACUUAGAAAGAAGGUUAAAAUAACAUAACAGAACAACAAAUGCCACGGAUGGGCAAAACUGAAGAAGAUUGAAACGGAUUAGCCUGCGAACGGCAGACGUUUCUCCUCGCUCAUCGCCGCUGAGGGACGUUUCGCAAGGAGGAACUCACGAAAUGUCCCUCAGGGGCGAUGAGCGAGGAGAAACGUCUGCCGUUCGCAGGCUAGAAACGGAUUAAAAUUAGGGUUUUCGAAAACUGUUCAGCCUAACAGUUUUUCAAAGUUGAUCCCUGCUGCUUGCAACUUCAAAAAUAAUGCUCAGGAGCAGGAGCCCAUCUACACUUAAUAUUAAGUUAUAUGCAAAAGGGAACUUCCCAAGUAAAAACUGUUAUAAUAAGGCCAUAAAACAUAAGUAGCAGGCCUACAAACGUACAUAGAAGAUAUCGCGUACCUGAAGUUUAGCCCGCAUUGGAAUUACUAAAACAAGUGGCAGAGAAUAUGAUUAAGCAAACAGUUCUGUAGAAAACAAAGCGAUCAUUGGAUUAGUUUUAGCACGAAUUUUUGAAGUAUCUGUGUUGUGGUUUGCAGUCAACCUACAGUGUGACGGAUGUCAAGCCACUGGUAUCUGGAAACUGCUUACAAAUAAAUUGGAAGGACGGACACACAUCCACGUAUGAAUACGUUAGAAAUGGGCUAAUUUAGUUUACCAUUAUUUCGAACUUCCCGCAUUAGAGACCAAGUGCUCAUAAUGCGAGAAGGUACGAGGAAAAAACCAGAGGGACCAGGGGUCUUUCAUGGGUUCCGACACAUCUAUUUUUUAGUGAAAGAGAAUUCAAUUUUUAAGUUACGAUAUGUGUUGUCAUGUACAUGCAAUGUCUCUGAAAGUCUGUGGCAUACUCUGAGUCUGUUGAGUAGCGUUGUUCAUGCGAUGAACACCAUGUGUCAAACCGUCGCGUACAAGAGGCUUAAACCAAAAAAUGGAAAUAGACGUUUUUAGCUUGUAUGUCUCAAUUUAUUUUACCACUUCAGACCGCGUGAUGGUACCGCAAAGAACUUUUCCUUCAAAUUUUGUCCUAUACACGUACAUCCAUGUGCACAUGUAUACACAAAUUACGAAACGACAAAGGCAAACUCCCUUGAGAAUAUCACGUUAACUGAGGUGGGAAACAAAACUUCCAAGCUAAAAAGAUGUAUUAUUAUAAAACGUUCGCCUUGAAAAGUGGUCCAGGUUGCUUACACAAGGUGGUAAUUUCCGUGGAGUUGCAACUAUAGGGCUAUGACUAGGAAUAUUUUGUGAUCUGGAUUGCUGACCAAAACGAGUUAUGAUUUAACAAGGACGAGGCAUUGUCAGUGUGGGUGUGCUUGUUUGUGGGAGGGUUUGCACCUCCUCCCAUCAUUUUGUGACUUUCAGUGGAGGCCUUAAAACGAUCCACUGGCAACAGCCAACGGUCAGUUCUAAACAGUCAAUUGAUGAAUAUCGAUUUCACAGGAAAAAAAUUAUAAUACGUACAGCUGUAACAUACAUUUACACGAUUACAACUUUCAAAACCUCCGUUCUCAAAUAGCUACUAGGUUAAUCGUGCUGUAACAACUAACAGUAGAUUCGGAAAACUACACAAGUCAUUUCCCUUUUUUUGGUUAAUAUACUAUAUGUUGAAAAUUAAAUAUGUACAUUUCUUUUAAAAUCGAUCUUAUUCUUUUGUUCAUUAACUUAUUUAAGGUUCCACAGUUGUUGGCUGCGGCUUUGUUGCCAAUGUGAUAAGUGCAAGCAAUCAAAUAGUGGUCAGAGGACUAUUAAUGUCUCAUCUCUUCCUGACCCAAUAAAACUAUCAAGUUUUUCCAUUUCCGGUAAGUGGGCGUGAGUUAUUUUUAAAAGCUUAAAUGUUGGUACAGUUGUUAUAUGUCUCACAAGUUUCAAACAAGUUGAUUUCAUUAUGUACCGUACAUUGUACUAUGCAAGGCUUUUGUAGACGUUUACUGUUGGAAAACAUAUAGCGCGUUACGCAACACAACGUCCCUUACCCUAAACAUAGUAAUGGAAACCUUGAUCGCGUGUAUUUUUAAAGAGAUAAGGAAUGUAUUAAGUUGACAAGUUAAUUGCUUUUGAAUGUUACGUGCGUGAUGUGAUAAGAAUAUGACACAUAGAUAUCUUAUGACAAAAAUGUCAAGACUGUGUAUAAGAAAAGAGAGUUGUUAUGAUUAGGAGAAUGAAUUAAUGAAUGUACGGUGUAGUAAACGAGGAUCGUUGCUGGAAAUAAAGAUAUACAGUCCAAGUUCCGAGUGUUUGAUUGAGUGCGUGGAUAUUCCCGAACAUUUACUGAAUAACCCGUUAAAGUAAAAUCCCCAGCUUUAUUAUGCUUACUGUUCUUAACAUAUACGAAUCACUAUGGAGUAAGACACACAAACAGCCUUUUCUUUGUUAAAAAAAAAAUUCGAUAACAAUCACCAUUUUUUUUCAAAUGUGUUGUGACAGGCAAAUCAUUAACUUGGGCCUUUUAAUAUAAUCUUAGUUGUAAAUUGAUUGUGAUUUUUCUUCCCAUUGUUAGGGACGGACCAUUAGAAAAGUUAUAGGGGGGGGGAGGGGAAUUUUCGAGCCGCAGGAAUUUUUUUUCGUCAUCAAAUUCCUUGUAUGAAUUUUUUUAGGCUAUAGCAUGAAUAUUUUUUCAGAAUUAAUUGGCGUGCAAGAAUUUUUUUUCAUUUAAUUUUCCCUUGCGCGAAUUUUUUUUUNGCGUGCAACAAAGGAAAUAGGAGACGUCUGCACGCAGGCAAGCCUGCAGAGUGGGAUGUCACAAGUUCAAUUCUUGGGAUCAGAACAAUACUCACGGUCUUAAAAUAGCUUACUAAUUUAGUCUAUUUUUUUUUUCAGAAAAUAAGCAAAAUCUCCUUUUGGCUUGGGAACUUGAAAAUGAUCAUCAGGGAGUGCUUAACUUAAAAUGGCUAAGAGAAAAUUGUUACUCUGAACCAGCAAGGAAGAUACAAAGUGAAGUGAGAAGGACACAGCCACAUUUAGGACAGGUAUUUUGCUCUCAUGACAACAAUCAGACAAAGAAGCUUAGAGCAGGUGAAACAAUUACCGAUCUACUACGAAGAGAUGUUUAAAACUUAUAAAAAGAGCGAAAGGUACACUAAUUAUCAAAUUAUACUUUCACAAUAAUACAUUUGUUAAGCUGUAAUUAUCAAAACCUCUUUACUACAACAUUUAGUUAUGAUACAUGAUAAGUCAACAUGUAUCGGCUUGAAACUGUGAUCAUACAGUCAAAAUGUCUACUGUAAAUGAAGGAUGUUGACUCCAACAGACUUCUGUUUUAAUCACUAUUUAACAGCACAGCCUUCCAGAGGUGAAGUAUAGUGAAAUGAUGGAAACUAAGGAAGGUCUCUGGAAGUAAGUUCCCUCUUUUCUGUGUAUAAAGGACCCAAUAAAUGAUUGUUAUCACCAUUCCUAAAGUAUAUAUUGAUUGAUUUACAGGUUGAAUACAAGCACCGUAUAAAAUUCACUAACAGCCCUGAAAUCAAUAUUGAGCUCGGGGUAUAAGCGCUCUAGAAAUAAAGCUAUCACCAUUUCUUCUUUAACAUUUGUAAGCCAUGUAUAAUCUAUGACAGUCUUAAUAACUGACUAAUUAUUGAAUGGAAAUCCUGUAGUGUAAUUACUGUAAAUAUACAAGGAGCCCUGUCUAGACCUCUUUCGUUCAGGCAGUUUUACGUUUGCAACACUAGUUGACAGAUAGUAUUUUAAGUAUAAAGCAUUCUUUUGGCCCCCAUAUCUUUUUAUCGCGCUCUGUUGAUGUUAGUUUAAUAUUCGACCAUCAUGCAUGUGUUUCCUGCUGUAUUUAAGAAUGCUUUGCCAACUAAGUGAUCAUGGGGUGUCAUUGGUAAAACAAGUGCCAAUUGAUGACGAGGAAACUGUUCGUAAGGUUUGUGAAGCUAUAGUUACCAUAAUAUCUGAAGUUAGAUAGUCAACAUGCAUUCUCUCAAAAGCUGCUAUUCUGUCACAGUUCAUUCAUCUAGUCUUGAGCUGAAUUUUAAGCUGUAAUUAUUAAACACGUCUCCCGAUCAAAACGAAAAGACUGCAAAAUGUGCAAAUUUUAGCUGUCAGGCAAAGUGGUACAUAGAUUUUGAUGCAAGAUAAUGUCCAGGGGAAGAUUGUUUAAAAUUUACUUUUUUUUAUCUACCAGGUUGCAAGAAGAAUGGGACCUCCUCAGGAAACUAUUUAUGGAUUGGUUAGUGCUAAUAACUGCAUUGAAUAGCGUUAUUCCAUGAGUGGUUUAAGUGGCUGAUGAUGAUCUCAGCGUUAAGUGGUACUAUUUUUUUUAGACAUUUAAUGUGCUGAGUGUUCCUAAUCCAAUCAAUAUUGCGUAUUCUGAUGUUGAAUUGGCUCUGCACAUGGAUCUGAUGUAUUAUGAGUCUCCACCUGGACUUCAGCUUCUUCACUGCCUAAGGUAUAAAGCUAAAUUCUAAAUCAUUGUUCAGAAACUUUAACGGAUGCAUUGCAAUCGAGACACUUCGUUCCACUGCGUCCUCUAACAAGUGCUUUAAUGCCGCCGCCCGGUUAGCUCAAUUGGAUAAGUGCCGGUCUGGCGAGCGGGAGCCGGUCGCGGGUUCAAAUCCGGCCCUACCAAAAUAACUGAGGAGAGUGGGCUGCCUUUGCUGUGACAUGUACAAAUGGUUAGACCUGAUUCUAGUCUUCUCUGAUAAGGACGACAAACCGUAGGAUCCGUCUCACAGCUCUUUCACGGUUGUCAUUCUUUUGGGACGUAAAAGAACUCACGCUGCUGUUCGUUAGAAGAGUAUGAGGCGUAGACCCCAGUGAUGUGUAAAAACUCAGUUUCAUGGGCUGGGUGGGUAAUGAAGGGGUUGAUAUCAUUGGAAAGCAAGUCCUGUUUCAUCCUCUGUCAUCGUCGUGAGUCACCGCAUCGAAUUCAAUAAAGCUAAAGCCGGAACAUUAAUUCCGUUUGUCUAUGCUUAGAUUCGAUCCAGAAGUUGAAGGAGGCGAGAGCAUAUUUGUAGAUGGUUUUGAGGUUGCUAAGGAUUUAAGAAAACAGUUUCCUGAUGACUUCAAUAAUCUUGUGCGUAUACCAGCAACAUUUCAGAAAAUACACUUUGAAAGGUAUUUGUUCUUACUUUUAAAUUUUCAUCUUUAUCACAACCACUAAAAAUGUCUAUAGGAAUAAUGUAACACACUAUAAGCUUAAUCUGACAUCGAGAAAACUUUUUUAAUGAGCUAAGCUUUUCGUUGUUGUUUUCUUCUUUAUGUUGCAGGGAUUAUCCUGUCAAGCUAGUGUACAAAAGACCACAUGUUGUUCUUAAUCCAGACAAUGAGGUACAAUGAGUUAUUUUUUACUCGAUAGGUACGCGUUUGAUAUUUACAAAGUUAAUCAACAGUACCAACAAUACCAACAGUAUGGUUCAUGUAGUGCCUUCCUAUGGCACUCUAUUUUCCAAAUGUGACUAGAAAUUAGGUCCAAGUGGGAUGGAGUCAGGAGAGGUUUCUUUGCUUUUCAACGGUAAGGAGCAUUCAUUCAGAACCUUAAAACACACACUCGUUUUACUCGUACCCCAUUGACAGCUUCCACGGAGUGUCCAUGGAUUUCCAUAGAAUUCCAUAGAGUAUCCGUAGAUUUCGAAAAUUUAGUAGAACUUUCAUGGACUUUGGCCUGUGACUCUAUGGAAUUCGAUUAAGCAAAUCACCAGCCAGUCAACCACAUUUUCAUGUCUGCGAAUUUUAAUUUGACAGAGAAAGAGAAAUAAAAAAGCUGCUUUUGAAAAUAAUAGUUACGUUUAACUGAUACAAUGAAAUGGUACCUUCUAUUUACCUAUACUGAAGCCCAGUGGCAUCAUAACGGAAUUGUUGAAUUUCAAGAGAUGUUUGUAACAAAAACCCAGACCCAACAGGCUCUAACAGGCUGGUUCUUUGGGACUAUCUUCACACAACACGUUUCUGUUAUUAUUGUUUUUUGCAUUUCUUUAGUGGAAAAUACUGUAACUUAGGAACUCUCGCAUGAUAGGAAUAAUGACUUUUAUAAUAACUGCUGCCCUUUUGGUUUGGGUAUUUUUAGAUUGUGGCUGUCAACUGGUCUCCAUCUUUUGAGGGUCCUUUAUCUGUACCAGAGGUAAGCAUCCACACGCCGAAAAAAGAGGGUCAUCAGUGUUGUACCCCAUAGUAGUUCCUACCAUGAACACAUAAACAAGGUCCCCACUCAGAAGAGAAAAUGUUGUGUUUUCUUAAUAACAGCCACCAGAACAUUUUUUUGCUACUGAAAAAUAAAAUUUACCAUCAUAGAUUUGAAACUAUACUCUAAAAACCCCUUGGUUUUUCCAUGCGAACCCAAGAAGGAAUUAAGACCGGAUAAGCACGGCCUUAUGUGCGGGAGGUUUGGAGUUUGAUUACCUGGUGUAAAUUCAUUUAUCGACUUCUUUACUUUCCGAGUAGCUUCAAAUAUCUUUAAAUAUGCCCGUAAAGAGAAGGGGCAGCGUAAAAUGAGCGCGCCGUUGGCCUCAGGUUUUUCAGUGUAAUAUGUACUGUAACGAGCUACUUUAACUGAAUAAAUUUGCUUAAACGAUAGUAGAGACCUUUCUAGGACGACGACGACGUCUGCGAGGAAGCGCAGAUUUGACUUGUCUCGUGUAUUCUAAAAAAUUCACACUGCAAAGAGCUUCUAUCAUUAUACUGUUUUCAACCCAGAAAAGUUAACACGGUUGUUGAUAUCUCUUGAAGAAGAUUAAUCCCUCUCACGAUCACAAAAUGAUAAAACUCGGCUUAUGUAACAAUUAGUCGCCGAUAUUCACGUCGCCUGGGGCGACUAAUUGUUUUAGUAUAAUUAAAUUGAUGAUUAUUCGAGAAAAUAAAAUUAUUGAUCAAUUUCCUACUCCGAAACAUCAACAAAUCUGACUGCCAUUUUGAAAACUGCUAGUCUUCAAUGUUAUAAUCACCGCGCGGUCAUUAUAGCGGGAUGAAGCGAAGCUCCUAGCCAAUCAUAGCGCUCUAUUUUCGAUAAUCAUCAAUGUAAUUAUACUAAAACAUUUUAGUAACCUGUUUUCGUCACUGCAACAUUUUCGCUAAAACCCGUAGAAGAAUUACGACGACCAUCGCGCUUUGCCGCCAAAAAUGACGGUGGGUUCACGCCCGCGCACUUCUUAGUACUGAGAACUGAUUCACGUAGUCGUCCUCUAGAAGUCUCUGUUAUAAUAUAUUUACCUCAAGUAGAGAAUCUUACCGGCUGUGACAGGUAUGUUUGGUAUUACCAUAGUUCGUACUAUUUGGUUUCUAACGUCCGGCACAACGUGUUCCUUCAAGAAGUCCUUGAUCGUGGCCAGGCCCGCGCAGUGAGUAGCAUCAAUACAUCUGGCAAGGAUUGCGCAAUCAAUACUACGACAGGCAGUACACCUUCAGGCCCCGGUUGUUCAAACGCUGGAUAGCGCUAUCCACCGGAUAAAAAUCUAUCUAAUGGAUAACGCAAUUAGUUUCCCUAAUACUUAUCCGCUGGAUAGUGAUUUAUCCCAUGGAUAGCGCUAUCCAACGUUUAAACAACCGGGGCCAGAUCCUUAAGAGUAUAUUUAAACAUUGUUUUUUUACUUAUUAUAUCAGGCAAUCUUUCCCUCUUGUUGUCUAUCAUUCGUACAGCCACAACAAACUGACCAUGUUUGUUCGUUCAUUCAUAGGCAGAUGUUGAGCCUUAUUUUAAAGCAUAUAGGAGGUUUACAAAGCUUCUUGAUGAAUCUCCAAUUAAGGUAUGGAAAAUGACUGCGGUCAUUAUUCAGAUCUAUUCAGUUCAUGGAUAUGCGGGUUAAUUUCAGUCUACGCUUAAAACCUCAGCCUUUCUUUUUCGGUUUUCAAAUUGAUCUCAUAUUGCCCCAUGGGUAGCUGUAAACACAGCAUACAAUGGGUGGCAAGAUUUUUAUCAGCAGAUAGAUAGGCGCCGAUCCAUCGAAGGCGAUAGAAUCGAGGGUGACACUUCUAAUUAUUUUAUUAAAAUUCUACGGGACGUAUUUUGUCCAUUGAAGUUUAAGAAUAUGUUUUAGAAAUUUUUGCGCGAUGUUAAUGUUGUAUUUCGAAAAUGCUUACAAAGCCUUGGUAGAAAACUGUGAUGACACAUGUGGAAAUAUUAUGCGUAAAAAUAAAUAAAAAAGCGGUAAAUCUUCUUCCUUGGUAGCCAAGUUCGUUCAAAAAUUUAAGGCAACAAUUUUGGCACUACGAAUUUAGUAUUUUUGUGCUUGAUUUCCUCCAAGUCUGCACCUUUUUUGGCAUCAUAUUUGUCCCGAUCGAGCAACUUUGAUGUAAAUCUGAUUUUUCAACUGGUCACAGAAAGACUGCUUUGGUAUUUUAGAAAACUGUGACCAUGCAGCCAGGAGACUUAAUUUGUUUUAACAACCGCCGCGUUCUUCAUGGUCGAAAUUCAUUCAAGCUUAAUGGUGGAGUCAGAUUUUUAAAGGUAUGUUUUUAUUUUAACGACAGUAUACUUCCUUACCUUCCUUACUGCUCCCAGAAAAUGGAAAUGCCUUGAAACUUAUUAAAUAGCAAAUAGAAAUAUUUAGAUUUCAAAUAAAAAUAUUAUUGUUUCCUUCGACCAACAAUUUGCUGUCUGCCCUCUUCGAAUUAUUUAUGUACUUCUCUUAGUAAUUACAACAAUUGCAAACAAACACGAUAACAAAGUUUACUCUUAACUGCUCCUGUUCCAAGAGUUCCGAUAAUGGGGACGGUGCAAAGUAAAGUGAGGAGAAAAAAAAAUUAACAGCAGGGGGUGUACAGUAAACACCCGCAUAUAAGAACAAAUGGAUUAAGAACACCAGGCUGAAAUUUGGCCAAUAAAGCCCCAUUUUUAUAAUAACAAGAUAAGCCUGAAAAUUGUAACAUGUUCUUAUAAAGUGGAAAAAGUGUCAUCAGGAUAAUUACAAAAACAUGUAAGUUUAUGUUUGCUGUCAGAUAACUUCAUUUGUUAAAAUCAAAUUACUGAAUAAUAAUUUAUUUUAUUUUUCUAAAAUAUGCUAAAUAUACCUCUAGCAACAUGUUUUGGAUAGUAUUACUAAAUAAAAAUUUAAGAACAUUUUGAGGCUGAUUUGUCAUUAAGCACCCGAUAAAUAAGAACUCAAUCAGCCUGACCUCCGAAAUCGUGUGUUCUUAUAUGCGGGUGUUUACUGUAUCUGAACGCUUAUAAAAGGCCAUUAAUCAGCAGCUUAUUAGCAUGUAUCACAUCAUUAUUGUGCACAAGUUAUAGUGGUCAACGUACAGGGAAGUUGAUUGGCAUUUGCUUCAUUCAAGGCAGUUUUAAAAAAUUCACACUGCGAAGAGCUUCUGUCAUUAUACUGUUUUCAACCCAGAAAAGUUAACACGGUUGUUGAUUGAAGGAGAUUAAUCUCUCUCGCGAUCACAAAAUGAUAAAACGCGGCCUCUAACAUUUUAGUAACCUGUUUUCGUCACUGCAACAUUUUCGCUAAAACCCGUAGAAGAAUUACAACGACUAUCGCGCUUUCUCGCCAAAAAUGACAGUGGGUUCACGCCCGCGCACUUCUUAGUACUGAGAACUGAUUCACGUAGUCGUCCUCUAGAAGUCUCUGUUAUAUUAUAUUUACCUCAAGUAGAGAAUCUUACAGGCUGUGACAGGUAUGCUUGGCAUUACCAUAGUUCGUACUAUUUGGUUUCUAAUGCCCGGCACAACGUGUUCCUUCAAGAAGUCCUUGAUCGUAGCCAGGCCCGGCCAAGGCAUUUUUACAAGCGCCAAAUCUUUUGUAAGUUUUGAAUGAAUUGCUAACCGGCCUUAGUGGAACGUCCCCUGUUCCGCAUAUUAUACAUCUUUCAAAAUAUUUCGCCGUUUCUAUUUCGCUCCAAUCCCCCGGCUAAUUCUCCGUAACCUGCCUGCUGAUGCUUACCAUAUUUGGAAGAAAGUCCGUCGAUGCGAUGGUGUAUUGCCUAAUAACUCAUCGAUCCACCUCGUUUCCGGGCGAGGCAGCUUAGCUGUUUAUGCCUGAUUGAACUAAAAUAAUGGCGUUCACGCUCAUGUGAAAAAACUUAACGGAAGAAGUGUAGGAAUACAUAUAAUGCACGAUGAGUUUUAUUUUUUUUUACGUCGGCAGUAUCUGCAAGAAAAAGUCAUCUGUUUAUAUCCUGCAACUAGCCGCCAAAAAAUAGGCCAAUACUUUUUUAUAUAAAUUUCAACAAUUUAUUACAUUACAGACAAAAAAAGAAAGAAAGAAAGAAAAACAAUACUGCAUAGUGCAGAAAAAGGAAAUAAAAAGCGGUAUACAUCAUUAAUCAAAGUACAUUAAUUUUGUAAAACGCGGAGUCAAUACUUUGAAGAAAGUCUACGAGGAGGCAAGCCUUAUGCAGAUCUCGGAGGCUGAUAACAUUCCUCGCAAUCUGCAUAAUCAAGCCUCAUUGUUAAAAUGUUAUCUACGGUUUAGGUUAACGUUCUCUUACAUCUGGUUUUCUUCUUUUUUGUAUCCAAGGGUUGCUAUGUCAACAUUGACGAGUUCCGGAACACAUUCCAAGUGAUGUCGGAGUUGAUGGGCUCGUAUCAGCCUUGCAAACGGAUUGGCAACCAAUGCUUUUUAUAA